CUGAAUGGAGUAAGUCAAUUAUUGACAACAUGCUAGUGAUGCCCCACGUGUCACGUAUUCACGCUAACAUUAGCAUUUUGGCUAAUUUUGGCCAAAAUGCAAAACCAUUCAGUUUUAACAUACUGAAUGGUGCAAGUCCAUGCUAGUCAACAUGCUUGUGACUCUCCACAGGCUAUUGAAUACAUUACAGCUUUCUUUAGCAUUGAUGCUAAUUCUGAUGCUAAUGUUUAGCAUCAGAACGCUGGGUCCAAACCGUCGGGCACACUUUGGCAGGCCCCGGUUAAAUUUCUUCAGGAAUUUUGUAGUUGGCUAGUACUACACAAUGGCACCAUGUGUAUGUAUGAAAAAUACCCUUAUUAGAAUGAUAUACAUGAAUAUUGAUAUUUAUGUCGUAGAGAAUUUGUUUACAUCUCAUUUGUCUAUGCAGGCCAAUGCUGUGCUAUGAUAGACCUUAUUUAAUGAAAAUGUUAACAACUGGUGUCUCUAAAUCAGUUCUUUAGAAUGGGUUUAUGUGCAGUAAUUCUCCUUCAUGGUUAUCUUUUGCUGCAGCCCAACAAAUCUAUACUGAGCCACAAACACAAAAUGCAUAUCUAUCUUGGAUAUUCUAUUCUUUGUUUUCAUUCUUUUCAAAGCAGCAACAGAUCUGCUGCUUUGUUGCUUUAUUUUCAUCCCCUGAACACAAGGGCUUCCAAACAGGACCCACCUCCCCCGCUCAUGGCCUCUGAUUGGUUGCUGGUUCUGUCGGUCAUUCAUGAUCAGUGCCCCCUGCCCAUUCUUUAUUGUUGCCGUCCACAAAGCAAUAUUAAAGUCUAACAUGGAAACAAAGGAGCACAGCGACAGAGCGAUGGAGGAGCUAGUGACCGAGCUUCGCCUGUUCCUGGACCUGCUGGAUAGAGAGUAUCUGAGUUCUGGAGUCCGAGAGAAGAAGGUCCACCUCUCCCACAUUCUGCACCGUGUGCUUGCAGACAAAGAACCUUCAUUUAAGUCUGAGAUCCACAGUGGUUUGCCAGCCCCACCUCAGAUGCCACUGCCAGAGAUUCCUCAGCCAUGGCUGACUCCAAACAGCGACCCUCCUCCUCUGCCCAGCUCCUCUCUUCCAGAAGGUUACUAUGAGGAAGCAGUUCCCUUAAGUCCUGGAAAGGCUCCUGAGUACAUUACCUCUAACUAUGAUUCAGAUGCCAUGAGCAGUUCCUACGAAUCGUACGAUGAAGAAGAGGAAGACGGGAAGAGUCAGAAGAUGCGUCACCAGUGGCCAUCUGAAGAGGCGUCCAUGGACCUUGUGAAAGAUGCCCGUAUCUGUGCUUUUCUGUUGCGCAAGAAACGCUUCGGCCAGUGGACUAAGCUUCUGUGUGUCAUCAAAGACAACAAACUACUGUGCUACAAAUCUUCUAAAGACCAGACCCCACAGAUGGAGCUCACUCUGUCAGGAUGCAGCAUCAUGCACAUCCCCAAAGAUGGCAGGAAGAAGAAGCACGAACUGAAGAUUGUCCACCAGGGAGCAGAUGCCCUGGUGCUGGCAGUGCAGAGCAAAGAACAGGCCGAGGAGUGGCUCAAGGUGAUGAGGGAGGUGUGCAUGAAUGGAAGUGCAGACCUUGAUGGAGCUGCAUCUGGAUUACCUGUCCUCAAAGCAGAACUGGAGAAGAGAACAUCAUCUGACCGGCCAAGCUCAGAUGGUGAAGCAACCCAUGAAAAUGGACACAGUGAUGGCAAAGACCAAGGAAAAGCAAAAAAAACCUCCAAAUCAGAGCAGAAAAUUGGGACUGUUGGAAAGGGAGCCAGCAAGAAGAUCACCAAGAUCAUCAGCCUGGGGAAGAAGAAGCCAUCCACAGAUGAACAGACUUCAUCUGCAGAGGAAGAUGUUCCCACCUGUGGUUAUCUGAACGUGCUGUCCAAUAACCGUUGGCGUGAACGCUGGUGCCGCCUGAAAGACAACCAGCUACUCCUCCACAAAGACCGUGACGACCUAAAGAGUCACAUCGCUUCACUGCCCCUUCGAGGCUGUGAGGUCAACCCCGGCCUCGACCACAAACACCCUUUCGCUUUCCGCCUCCUUCGUAAUGGCCAGGAGGUGGCAGUGCUGGAGGCCUCCUCCUCUGAGAUGAUGGGGCGUUGGUUGGGGGUGUUAUUGGCCGAAACUGGCUCUACCACUGACCCAGCCACCCUGCACUAUGACUACAUAGAUGUGGAGACCACCGCUAACGUCAUUCAACUGGCCAAGCAGUCCUUUUGUUUCACCAGUAAACGUGCUAUCUCUCCCAAUCCAUACCUUGACAACCAAGUCAAUGGCUAUGCCUGUCCCUCCGGUAUGGCUCUACACUAUGAUGAUGUGCCUAUAAAUGGAAUGUUCAAAGGAAAGAAGGGAGCCAGUAUCAAUGGAAUGGCUUCCAAACAGAAGGCUGAGCCAAAGAGUCAGCCCAAGAAGAAUGGAGUCAGUGGGACGGCAUCUGUGAAACGCAACAACUCCAAUGCAGAGCAGUGCAAGUACGGCAAGAACCGUGUCGAGGCAGAUGCCAAGCGGCUGCAGGCCAAAGAGGAGGAGCUGAUGAAAAAGAAACAGGAGAUUAGAAACCAUCUGAACCAGCUGAAGAAGGAGAGGAGAGACCUGCGCUCUGCUGUGGAGAGUGCUGCAGGCAAACGUUCACAGGCAUCUCUGCUGGAGCGCUUGAAGAAGGUGGAAGAUGAGUGCAAGCUGAAGGAGGAAGAGAGAGUGAACCUGGAGCUGGAGGCAAUAGAGGUCAAGGAAAGUUUGAAGAAAGCUCUGAGUGGAGGAGUAACACUGGGCCUCACCAUUGAACCCAAAGCUGCCUCCUCAGAUCUGCAGUCUCCAGCCAUGCUGCGGAGAACACAGGAGUCUUCUCCCUUCUCCAGCUGCGACACUAGCGACACAGAGUCCUGUACCCUGCCAGUCAACAGCGCAUCCCUACUGCGCCGGCAGCAGAGCAGCCAGAAGCCAUCAACAGUCAGAGGACAUGUGUUGAGGAAGGCCAAGGAAUGGGAGCAGAAGAGUGGCUCAUAAACCUCUGCAGUCUUCACAUCGACCCUGCUUCCACUCCUUUCUGCUGCAGAAAUUGUGUAUAUAUUUAUUUAAGACUGCUCAUACAGACAGAGUGUGUGCCCAAUAAGACACAGGGAUAUUAUUAUCACCAUCUAAAACAAGAGACAAUGUUUUAUAUGCCAUACGUAUCACUACACACAGCUUUUUAGCAUAAUUAGUGUACCAAGUGAUCCUAUCAAAAGCAGCCACAUUUCUUACUAAAAACUUUUGAUGCAGUUUUAAAGAAACAAAACUAAGUAUUUAUUUGUAUAUUUUAAAGGAAAUACUGACUUUCCCAUUUUUUAUUUAUGCUGAAUAUUUUAAGGGCUUUUUGUUGGGGUUUUUUGUGAUUUAAAAAAAAAAAAUUUUUGUGACGAGCAAUUUUUUUGCAUUGGUGGAGCUGUGUCAAUCAGGGUCACAACAGAAGAACACAUGAGAUUAUGAAACUUCCUUAAGAAGAAUAAUAAAAGAAGCUGUUGCUGUCACAACACUAAAGAUUGGAAGACCUUUGACUGGGGUGCAUUACUGUUAGUUUUACAACACAGAAGGGGCAGAAAAUUUGAUAAAAAGCAUAAUAGAAUUUUGGGUUCACUUACUUCAACAGUUUCAAAACAAAUCUGCCUCAAUUGUGAGUAAACUUGAAAAAGCUAGCAUGUCUAGAAAAGGCUGAGGUGGUGCACAAUGCCUGAAGAGAGAGUUUUAGAAGCACUUAUCACAGCAUCAAACAACUAGCUGCUUUUCCAAUAUUCAGGAAAUUGUGUAAACUGAAAUUAUGAAAAUAAAUAUGCUUUAUGGAAGCGCGCCAAUUUUGAAAAAGCUCAGGUUUUCAAUAGAUUUUGCUUUACGGUAAGAUGUUUUUUUAGCCGUAUUGAAAUAGUUGUGUCUUGCAGAACUGCAAUGGAAAACUUGUUGCAUCAUAUGAGUCAAUUUAUCAACAGCCUUAUGUUGGCAAGUAAUGACAAAAGUAGUAAGAGGAUCUAUUUGGCUUCUUCAGAGCUCUCACAACAUCACACAGUCCAUAAAUACUUGUGUGUCAUUCAAAUGUGUUGAAUCCAUAACUCUUCUGGAUUCACAGGAAUGAAAUUGCCAAUGUCUGAAAUAUGAAUAUAUUUUAUGUUGUUGUAUACAUCUGUCACUGCUGUGAUUUUUUUAAUGAUUUAUCGUGUGAACAAGCUUAUUCACUUGUGAUUUUAAUUUCAUUUCUUGUUUAAAGGGAACAUUGCAAUCGAGACAUUAUUAACAGAAUAUGGACUAAGAUUUGGUACAUUUGUAAUGGAAACGUAACUAGUCAAUGAAUGCAUGCUUCAAAAAAUAUAAAAAUUUAGGCUACCCUAACUAUCACUGAUCAGCUGUACUGAUUGUACAGCUUAUCUAGAACUAUUGUUGUAAAUGUAAUAUUAGCAGCAUGCAAUAUACAGUUAGGGCCAGAAAUAUUUGGACAGUAACACAAUAUUUGUGAGUUGGGCUCUGCAUGCCACCGCAUUGGAUUUGAAAUGAAACCUCUACAACAGAAUUCAAGUGCAGAUUGUAACGUUUAAUUUAAAGGGUUGAACAAAAAUAUCUGAUAGAAAAUGUAGGAAUUGUACACAUUUGUUUACAAACACUCCACAUUUUAGGAGCUCAAAAGUAAUUGGACAUAUAAACAUAACCCAAACAAAAAAGUUUUUUCUCAAUAUUUUGUUGCGAAUCCUUUGGAGGCAAUCACUGCCUUAAGUCUGGAACCCAUGGACAUCACCAAACGCUGGGUUUCCUCCUUCUUAAUGCUUUGCCAGGCCUUUACAGCCGCAGCCUUCAGGUCUUGCUUGUUAGUGGGUAUUUCCGUCUGAAGUCUGGAUUUGAGCGAGUGAAAUGCAUGCUCAAUUGGGUUAAGAUCUGGUGAUUGACUUGGCCAUUGCAGAAUAUUCCACCUUUUUGCUCUCAUGAAUUCCUGGGUAGCUUUGGCUGUAUGCUUGGGGUCAUUAUCCAUCUGUACUGUGAAGCGCCGUCUGAUCAACUUUGCAGCAUUGGCUGAAUCUGGGCUGACAGUAUAUCCCGGUACACUUCAGAAUUCAUCCGGCUACUCUUGUCUGCUGUUAUGUCAUCAAUAAACACAAGUGACCCAGUGCCAUUGAAAGCCAUGCAUGCCCAUGCCAUUACGUUGCCUCCACCAUGUUUUACAGAGGAUGUGGUGUGCCUUGGAUCAUGUGCCGUUCCCUUUCUUCUCCAAACUUUUUUCUUCCCAUCAUUCUGGUACAGGUUGAUCUUUGUCUCAUCUGUCCAUAGAAUACUUUUCCAGAACUGGGCUGGCUUCUUGAGGUGUUUUUGGGCAAAUUUAACUCUGGCCUGUCUAUUUUGGAAUUGAUGAAUGGUUUGCAUCUACAUGUGAACCCUUUGUAUUUGCUUUCAUGGAGUCUUCUCUUUACUGUUGACUUAGAGACAGAUACACCUACUUCUCUGAGAGUGUUCUGGACCUCAGUUGAUGUUGUGAACGGGUUCUUCUUCACCAAAGAAAGUAUGCGUCGAUCAUCCACCACUGUUGUCUUCCGUGGACGCCCAGGCCUUUUUGAGUUCCCAAGCUCACCAGUCAAUUCCUUUUCCUCAGAAUGUACCAGACUGUUGAUUUUGCUACUCCAAGCAUGUCUGCUAUCUCUCUGAUGGAUUUUUUCCUUUUUUUCAGCCUCAGGAUGUUCUGCUUCACCUCAAUUGAGAGCUCCUUUGACCGCAUGUUGUCUGGUCACAGCAACAGCUUCCAAAUGCAAAACCACACACCUGGAAACAACCCCAGACCUUUUAACUACUUACUUGAUUACAGGUUAACGAGGGAAAGGCCUUUUGAGUUACUUGCAGCCUUUAGAGUCCAUUGUCCAAUUACUUUUGGUCCCUUGAAAAAGAGGAGGCUCUGCAUUACAGAGCUAUGAUUCCUAAACCCUUUCUCCGAUUUGGAUGUGGAAACUCUCAUAUUGCAGCUGGGAGUGUGCACUUUCAGCCCAUAUUAUAUAUAAAUUGUAUUUCUGAACAUAUUUUUGUCAACAGCUAAAAUAACAAAACCUGUGUCACUGUCCAAAUAUUUCUGGCCCUAACUGUAAUUCCGGGCUCACAACCAUGUGGUCAGAUGUUAAAAUGAUAUGGACUCUCCAGUAACUGCCUGUAUUGCCACCACUAAUGCUCUUUGGUAGCUUUUCUUCAUGGACUAAUAUAUGUUUAAUGGGAAAGAUUCAAUCUCAGUUUUUUACUAUUUGCUUUGACCAAACUUGUCUUUUUGGUGAAAUUGUAUUCUAGAGAGGCUGGACUACAUGGAGUGGUCAAAUGUUUCAUUCAUUGUGUUAUUAUCAAAAACUUUGAAAAUAACUUCUUUACCUGAAAUACCCCAAAGAUGUGGUAAAACCACAAUGAUCAGGUGGAUCCAGGUGGAAAAGCAGUCGGUAAAUCCAUGUUUAAUGCUGAGUAGAACAGAGUCUGAAGUGAAACCAGACCAAAACAGAUUCUUAGUUAUCUGCUUCAGGAGAAACCUUCACAUGAUUCAUUUUUAUCAGCUUGUAUUCACGUAGAUACUAAGCCUUCUAAAACAGGAACUCUGUUUCCUUGAUGUUACAUUAUGUAUUGAUGGAUGGCAGCCAUGUUGCAUGUGUCGGAGCUGGAAGAAUCAAGCAGAGCUGCUUUUAGAUCUGAAAACUGGUCAGAUUUCUCCCUGUUCAUUGUUUGCCCAGAUUUCUAUGAGCCACAUCCCAAAGCAUCAGCACACAGAGUCAAACACAGACUGACUUCCAUCCUCACUCCCUUGCAUUCAUAAUGACCUAUCUCAGACUGAAAUGGUGAAUUUACUGAUACUGACUUUACUGCUUCUAAUGUACAAGGUGAUGUAGUGAAACUUCAGUUGGUGCAUCCACAGAGUUCAGCUCUUCAAAAAUACACAAGAAAAUUGUUUGGGGUUUUUUCAAGUACCUGGUUGCUUCAAAAUGUGUGUUUUGCAUAACAAAUGGUUUUUAAUAAAGAUAUUAAUAAGUAAGUUAUCAAAGGUCUGGCAGGCACCCUAAAAUAUUCAAAUAGAAAUGGUCUCAGCGGUUUCCAAAUCCAACCAUAGAAAAGGAGGCAGUUAAUCUUUUGUUUGGUUUCUUUUUGGGGGGGAGGAGGUUAUUUUGCACUUUAAUGUAUUUAUUAAAAUAUGACAGCAACACAAAAUAUUUUUGCAGCACAAAGAGUGCACAAACCACACCUUUUGUGUGAGAAUUGGACAACAUGGAGAGACCUGGUUUGACCUUUGACACUGAUCCAUAAAAGUUUUUUGAUGUCACUAACAUUAUAGCAGUAUAAGUAAUGUCUAACAUAAAGACAGCAGCAUAUAGGGACUUUAAUCUUCAACUAGUAGGUUGGGUUCUCCAGUGAGACCCAGUGCCAAUCUGUGGGGGAGGGUUGAUGUAGGAGGUAGAUUGGAAGUGUGGGGGGUAAGUUGAUGGAGACUAGAUUUAUUCAUCUGUGUUUUUCUAGCACCUUAUGCAUUUUCUUUUUUGUUGUAUAUCUCAGACAGUCUCCAACUCGGUGACGCAUGCUUGUACAUAAGAGUAAACACCUCCUUACCAUCA